AACUAUUCGUAUAUCACUCAGUCGAAUGUGAGAGAAUUGCAAUCUCUCUCUCUCUGUGGUAGAAUUUUUUUUCGAAAAAUCUUUAGAAUAAAGCUCACGUACUCCACGGCAACUAAAUUACGCAAUGUGUUCCUUUAAAUAUAUUUAAUACACCUUUUUCUCGCUGAAGAUGUCCCAUUGGCAAUUAAUUGUGAUGUUUCUGCUGCACCUCUGCUGCGGGGUUCAGUCCCAGGAAACUCUUGUUAAACAAUUCAAAUGCAAAGAUGGAUAUCACAUUCCGUUGAGCUGGGUGUGUGAUGGCGAGAGGGAUUGUCUUCACGAGGAAGACGAACUUGCAGAUGAAGAGCAAUGCCGCAUGCAUAAGAAAAUGAACAGAGUUGCUACAGGUCAAGAUGUGAAAGGGUUCAGCUGUGUACCAAACUAUUACUUGUGUCCAGGAACCUUGCACUGUAUACCAAUCGAGAAAGUCUGUGACGGGGUCAAUGACUGUUUAAAUAGUGACCGAGCGGAUGAAGGGUAUCACUGUGUAAAUCGAGGCUGUACUCACAAAGCGUGUAGUUAUGGCUGCCGAGAAACCUCACAAGGACCCAAGUGUUUUUGUGCGAAGGGCAUGCAACCUAAGGCUGACAAUGAACUUCAGUGUGAAGACAUGGAUGAGUGCAGCUAUGAUGGCUUCUGUGACCAGACAUGUGUUAAUGGUUACACCAACUAUUCAUGCAGUUGUGUUGCUGGUUAUGAUCUCAAAGAGGACAACAAGUCUUGUGAAGCCAUUAAUGUUCCAAAAGACGAAGAAGCAACACUGUUAUACACCAACACGAAUAACGUACAACAUAUCAGCUUGUCUGCCAACACAACCGGGGACACUCUCUUCAGUGUCGAAGGUCACGCUAUCGAAACAAUGGACUUCAAUCACAGAAAUUCAUCAUUCUGCUGGAUCACCAACUUCCCAGGUAAAACAGACCAACAGCUACAGUGUGCCAGUAUUAAUGAUACAUCUGACACCUGGAUUCUUGAAACAGAAUUUAAACUGAAAGGAAUUGCUGAUAUUGCGUAUGAUUGGAUUGGUAAAAACUGGUAUUUUUCUCACAAAAACCGUGGAACGAUAUUUCUAUGUACUGAAAAUGGUAAACUGUGCCAGAUUAUAAACCAUAUUGGUAAAGGGCGCAGAAUACGAUCGCUGAUUCUAGAUCCAACUAAAGGCUUUCUGUUUUAUGCUGAUACCAUUUCACAUGUGAUCUCUCGAAUGACACUCGAAGGUAAAGAUCUGAAGUCUUUGGUACACAAGAAGACCUUUUAUCCAACUGGACUGGCACUUGACUUUGCUAACGAGCAUGUCUAUUGGUCAGACACAUUUUACGAAAGUUUGGAACGGGUCUCGUAUAACGGAGACGAUCGUAGUAUUGUCUUUCACGGCAUUCAGGUGAAGCAUGUCUAUGGAAUAUCCCUCCUGGAAAAUUCUAUAUACCUAGCAUACCAUUACUUUGGCACCAUCAACAAGUUUGACAGAUUUGACCACACUUCCAAACCAGUAACAAUAAAGAAUUUUUUGACAAACCCAACUUCCAUCCAUGUCUACCACCGACAAAGGCAGCCUGACUUGGAAAGAGUAGCUGACCCCGACUGUGAACAAAUAAUGGUUUCUAUACCAACUAAAGCGAAAGCUAAGUUAAAAUGUAUGUGCCAGUCAGGAUAUGUGAUUACCAAUGGAACCAAAUGCACAAAAAUUAAUGAAACUGAAUUCCUGUUGUAUACAAAUGCUGAAGAAGGAACAAUUGUUGGGGCAUCGAUGCAACCAAAUUUUAAGAAUGACAUGAUGAAACCAGUCCAAGGUUUAUUACGACCUGCAGCUAUUGCCUUUGAUUCCCAGUCCGGCCAUAUUUUCUACUCUGACAUUGCACGGCGACAGAUUGGUCGAUAUGAUGUACAUAAUGAAACUCUUAUAGAAAAUUUUGUCAAUGUUACACAUGGGACCAUAACAUGUGGCGGACUGGCUAUAGACCCCCUUGGAAGAAAUCUUUUCUGGACUGAUCAACGUCUUCAGACAAUCAAUGUUCUCAAUUUGGACCACAGAGAAAGCUGGAAAGUGAUUUCCACUAACACGAUACACCCGAAAGCUAUUGUCGUGGAUCCACUGGGAGGACACAUUUACUGGACUAACUGGGUCUAUUACCCUGUCAACUCGACUGCAACAGCGACAAUCCAACGUGCUAAGAUGGACGGAUCUGAUCAAGAAACUUUUGUAUCAGGGAAGGAACUUUUCCCCACUGGUCUCUUUUUGGAUUCUAUAAAUAAAGAACUUUAUUGGGCAGAUUCCUCCUUUAACAAGAUUGAAAAAACUAGUUUAGUUGGAACUGUAGAGCGUAAAGUGGUUCUCUCUUCUAAAAUAGACCCUCAGCUCCAUUACCCCAAUGAUUUGGUUGUCCACUACGAUAUUCUCUACUACACUGCCUCAGCAUCCUUGAAUGCUUACAACCUGAAAACUAAAGACCAUUAUACACUCCGAAGUGCUGACAGCAUCCUCUCACACAGCUUAACACUUUUCUCAAAGAAACUUCUUCCUGGCAACAACAAAUGCAGCGAGGACAAUGGCGGUUGUUCAGAUCUGUGUCUGUCCCUCCCUGGUGAUAAUUAUAUUUGUGCCUGUCCUGCAGGAAAAGAACUUGACAACAACACCUGUACAGCAAUCAAGGGAUACGUGCAACCAGAUAAAUGCAAAGCACAAGAUGAGUUUUCCUGUAACAAUGGAUUUUGUAUAACCAACGAGUGGGUGUGUGAUGGAGACAACGACUGUGGAGAUAAUUCUGAUGAGAACAGUACCUUCGUUGAAGGAGGAUGUGGUACAACUGAGUGCAACAGUGACAUGUUCCGUUGUAACAACAAAUGUAUUCUCCAACAGUGGAUGUGUGAUGGGGAGAAAGACUGUUUAAAUGGUGAUGAUGAGGCUCCACAGAACUGCAACAGAUCUCGUGAAUGUCUUCCCAAUCACCGGAUGUGUACAAGUGUUGGUCGGUGUAUCCCUGAGAAUUGGUGGUGUGACCAUGAUCAAGACUGCCCUGGUGGAGAAGACGAAGAUGAUAAAUGCAUUUACUCCACCUGUAAACCAGAUUAUUUUCAAUGCACCAAUGGGCGAUGUAUACCUUAUGAACACCGAUGUGAUCGAGAGAAUGAUUGUCCUGAUGGAUCCGAUGAGAUGAAUUGCAAAUACCAGUGUGAUCCAGGGCGAGAAUUCAAAUGUAAAAAUUCUAGUAUGUGCUUCCCAUUGAAUUUCCAAUGUGAUGGAACACCUAACUGUCCGGAUGCUUCUGAUGAACUUGGCUGCAAUAGUACACGACAUAGCUGUUCUAGUGAUCAUUUUACAUGCCGAUCAAACGGUCUUUGUAUUCCAAGUGCUUGGAAAUGUGACCAUGAACCAGACUGUGACGACAAUUCAGAUGAAACUGAUUGUUCAAAAGGUGGUUGUGCUCCUGACCUCUUUCAGUGCAGUAAAAACCAGUGUAUCAUCCAAAAAUGGGUUUGCGAUCAUAUCAAUGAUUGUCUUGAUCAAUCGGAUGAAAAAAACUGCCCCUUUAACACACCAUGCCAGUUCCCUAACCGAACGUGCGGCAAUGAUUCCCUCACAUGUAUUACACCAGACAAGUUGUGUGAUGGCAUAUUCAAUUGCGCAGACAAAUCAGACGAAGGAGGCGAAUGUGGUGUUGACGAGUGUUCUUCUGGCGUCUGUAGCCACACCUGUGUUCCUACACCAACGGGCUUCAUCUGCCUAUGUCCACCACACAAGAAACUACUUCCUGACAUGAAAACAUGUGCUGAAUUGAAUGUAUGCGACCAGUGGGGCAUCUGCAGUCAGAACUGUACUCCUGGUCCUGACAAGUCAUUCAAAUGUUCCUGUUUCCCCGGAUAUUCUGUCAGUCCCGAUGGAAGCACCUGCAUUCCAGAUGAUGUCGAUCCAGUCUAUCUUCUUUUCUCUAACCAACACGAAGUGCGUCAAAUGGAUGUUCGUACCAAAAUGACAAUUUCCUUAUUGUCAGGUUUACACAGCACCAUAGCAUUAGACUUUCAUUAUCGUCAGAAGCUUGUCUUUUGGUCGGAUGUUAUUGAUGAUGUCAUAUAUUCCGGUCACAUGGAUUCUAAUUCCAUCAUGAACACUCAAGCUAUUGUAAGCAUUGGGCUUCGAAGCACUGAAGGUCUGGCUGUGGAUUGGAUUGCUGACAAUGUCUACUGGGUAGAGAGUAAUAUGGAUCAGAUUGAAGUGGCCAAAUUAGAUGGUAGAAUGAGAACGUCCUUGCUGGCUGGAAACAUUAAUAGUCCACGGGCUAUUGUGUUGGACCCUCGAGAAGGGUCUUUAUUUUGGACCGAUUGGGAUGGUGUGAUGCCGCGAAUUGAAAUGUGUUCUAUGAGUGGACGGAAUAGGAGAACCAUUUUUAAUAUCAGUUCUAUCGUGGGAGGCGGCUGGCCAAAUGGUUUGGCUAUUGAUUAUGAAUUCCGAAGAUUGUUUUGGGUAGAUGCCAGGUCUGAUUCAAUCCACACCAUUACAUACGAUGGCCAUGACCUGAGAAUGGUUCUGAAGGACCAUGUUAACUUGGGUCACCCGUUUGCAAUAACUUUAUUUGGAGACAACUUAUACUGGACCGACUGGCGAUCUAACAAUGUGUUUUCAACCAACAAAUUCCAUGGAAAGAAUACCACGAUUAUUCAGAGAACUGUGACUCAGCCUUUUGACAUUCAUAUUUUCCAUCCUAAAAGACAGCCAUGGGGGAAGAACCCAUGUGCUAACAAAAACGGGGGCUGCUCUCAUUUGUGUCUUAUUGAUCAUGAUGGCAAAUUUGGUUGCAAAUGCCCUUAUCUUAAAAAAUUGGGCACUGACAACAAAACAUGUGAAGACAUCCAAGACUUCUUAAUAUUUGGAUCAGCUAACGCAAUUCUUGGCGUUCAACUUGAAGAUGCCCACUACAAUGUAAUGCCUGCAAUUACUGUUACUCAUGUGAACACACCAUCUGCGGUUGAUUUUUAUGUGAAAAACCAACAGAUUUAUUGGGCUGAUAAAUUCCUUAAUGUAAUCAGUAGUGCCAAUGUGUCAGGUUCUGGCUUACCAUCAGUUAUCAUCUCUGGUCUGGAGAAUCCUGAAGGUUUUGCUGUUGACUGGCUGUCUGGCAACAUGUACUUCACCACCUAUGGUCGAUCCUCUGGCACUAUCUCGGUAGCCAGGCUGAACGGUGCAUUUAGAACAGUUCUUAUCCAAGACAACCUACUGAAACCUCGGAAGUUGUUAUUGCAUCCUGUUAAGGGGAAACUGUUUUGGUUGGAUGGUGUAGAUGCCAAAACUCGAAUAAUGACUGCUACCAUGGAUGGCCAGAAGAUUACAAAGAUUAUUCAAGAACCACGCAUUAUGUCUUACACAAUUGAUCGGAAUAUGGAGAAGAUUUAUUAUUCAACAAACUUUUCGUUGAUGUCAGCCAACUUGGAUGGUUCCAAUGCGUCACGAAUCUCCAUCAAAAAGGAACUGUUACCAUUCACUGCUCUCACAGUUUAUGGUGACUUCAUCUACUUUACAUCAAAGAACCAGAUCAGCAGUCUGUCUCUCAUCAACGGAACUAUCCGGGUUACCAGGAGAAAUAAACCAAAUAUUUUCUCCCUCGUUGUCCAUACCAAAGCUGAACUUAAUGGUAGUAAUGCCUGCACUGUCAAAAACGGUGGCUGUCUCCAAUUAUGUCUUCCUCAUAAUGAGACCAGUCGACGUUGUGUCUGUACUGCUGGUUACCAGCUAAAGGACAAUAAAUGUAUUGGUAUCCGCACAUUCCUCAUGUACAGCAUAAACAAUGAAGUUCGUGGAAUGCCUCUUGAUGGAAACGGCACCAGUAUUCGUGCCCUACCUGCCAUUCCUCAGAUUGUUACAGCCACAGCCAUUGACUUUGAUGCAAGACAAGAUUAUAUUUAUUGGGUUGACAGCAGCAGCCGUACCAUCUCCCGGAUCAAGAGGGAUCUUACCGAAAGGAAACAGAUAGUGCCUCUGGACGACACCACGAAUGCACAGAAUACCGUGAAUGCUAUUAAUACAGUUGAGGGCAUCGCCGUUGACUGGGUAGCCGGUAACAUAUACUGGACAGAUAGUAGCCGCUCUACGAUUGAAGUAGCCAGACUUGAUGGUCAGUAUCGAUAUGUUUUGGUUUUCCAUGUAUUGGACAAGCCAUGUGCCAUUGCUGUUCAUCCUAUGAAAGGCUACCUGUUCUGGACUGACUGUGGCACCCAGCCUUUGAUCGAGCGCGCUCAACUGGAUGGUAGCAAGAGAGUAGUCCUGCUGAACAACAGUCUACGGGAACCGCAUGGUUUAUCUGUAGACUAUGAGACUGACCGCCUAUAUUGGUGUGACAGAAUACUCAACGUGAUUGGUUGGAUUGCCAUCAAUGGCAGCGAGCCUCACAUUGUUAUAACCAACACUUCACAGUGCAUGUCUCUUACAGUUUAUAAGAAACAUGUCUACUGGAUUGAAAGUUCUGCAAAUGGUAGCGCCAUCUUCCGUGCCAGUAAAUACGAUGGUUCUGGGAAAAUUGCAUUGCUCACCAAUCUUGCAAAGAAAGUCGUCGACAUUAAAAUAUUCCACAAGGACAGGAAUGAAACAAAUAUUUGCUCCAACAACGCAACUGGCUGUCAGAAUCUGUGCUUGUUAAAAUCUGAGACAGAAUCUGUGUGUACUUGCUCCUAUGGACAACUUGCCGCAGACAGCAAAUCUUGUACUGAUUAUGAUGCAUAUCUACUGUUUUCUGAAGUCACUUCCAUCAGGAGUAUCCACAUGAUUAAUGAAAUCAGUCUAAACGCACCUGUGCGACCAAUUCAGAACAGUACCAGCAUGAAAAACGUCAUUGGUUUGUCAUUUGACUACAGAAGACAACGUGUCUUUUACUCUGACAUCCAGAGAAGUGAGAUUGGAGCUAUAUCUUUAAAGGAUUACUCAUUUAAAAUCCUUGCAAAAAAUAUUGGUUCUGCUGAAGAUUUAGCUUACAGUUCUGAGCUUGACCACCUAUACUGGACAAGCCACACUCACAGCUCCAUUAGCCGUCUUAAUGUCAAUGACACAGUGGUAAAUCCCAAACCAGAAGUCAUCUUAGAAUUAACAAAAGAAGAUUAUCUCCGAGCCAUUGUAAUCAACAGCUGUGAAUCUCGGAUGUACUGGACUAACUGGAAUAUCAAAAGUCCCAGUAUACAGCGAGCUUAUCUCGGAGGCUAUGAUGUCCACUAUAUUAUCACCACACGGAUCCAUAUGCCCAAUGCUCUUGCUAUUGACCAUAAGGCUCAGAAACUGUUCUGGGCUGAUGCUCGCUUGGACAAAAUCGAGAGAUGCAACCUGGAUGGAACCGACCGCAGAGACAUUGUUAACGCCGUCCCUCGUCAUCCAUUUGCUCUGGCCGUCUAUGGAGAUUUCAUUUACUGGACAGACUGGAUUCUCAAAGCUGUCCUCCGAGUCAAUAAACAUGAUGGUUCCGGUAUAACUUGGAUGAGGAAUCGUAUUGCAAGACAGCCCAUGGGUAUCAUUGCUGUGGCCAAUGACACAGAUGAUUGUACCCAAAAUCCUUGUUACCAGAACAAGUUCGGCUGUCAUGAUACAUGUAAUGUUGAUCCCCAUGGUCAUCCAUACUGUACAUGUCAAGAUGGUUUCAUACUAAUGCCAGAUGGAAAAUCAUGCAAUUUCCACUGCUCUGAAGGUAUGUUUGCCUGCACAUCCAGUAACCGAUGUCUAAUGUCUGAGAACCGUUGUAAUGGCAAAACUGAGUGUCCUGGUGGUGAAGAUGAACAGAAUUGUUCAGAAGUUGAGUGUAAAGAGAACGAGUUCAAGUGUUUAAACAACAACAGCUGUAUUCUAGCCUUUUGGGUUUGUGAUUCCAUUGAAGAAUGUAAAGAUGGUUCAGAUGAGGCUAAUUGCACCUGCAAAGAAGGAUUCUUUCAAUGUAAAGAUGGAACCUGCAUUGAGGGCAAGUGGGAAUGUGAUGCCCAUCAUGAUUGUGUUGAUGGUUCUGAUGAACACAAAUUUUGUAAUCGUCCAACCUGUCACCCAGAUAACUUCACUUGUGUCAGCUCCGGUCUAUGCAUUCCUGCCAGCUGGAAAUGUGAUGGUCAAAGUGAUUGCCGUGACAACAGUGAUGAAUCAGAAGAAGCCAGUUGUCCUGCAAGAAUAUGCAGCAACACCGAGUUCCAGUGUACCAGCAGCCAAUGUAUUGAGCUGCACGACCGGUGUAACGGCGAGUUUGACUGCCUUGACGGCUCUGAUGAAAUGGGUUGCUUGCCGAAUGACUGUAACCCAAUGUUACAGUACAGAUGCCACAACGAUUUCUGUAUCGACAGGGUGUUGUUCUGUGAUGGGCAUGACGACUGUGGAGAUAAUUCUGAUGAAUAUGAAGACUGCGCUUCCAGUGUCUGCACAGUGACAGAGUUUCAAUGUUCAAACAAUCAGUGUAUUGAUCUCCAGGAUCGGUGUAAUGGUGAUUUUGACUGCCUUGAUGGCACCGAUGAAAUGUCCUGCCAUGCUGACAACGUGUGUGACCCUGUGUUGCACUUCACCUGCAACAACAACGUCUGCAUUGAUCGUGUCUUGUUCUGCGAUGGCCGGAAUGACUGUGGAGAUAAUUCUGAUGAACAUGAAAAUUGUGGUGUGAAUCCGUGUGACCUACACAACCCAUGUGAGCACACCUGCAUUCCAGUCUAUUACGAGUACAGGUGUUCUUGUCGUGAAGGCUACAAAUUGUAUAACAAGACUUACUGUCAAGAUAUUAAUGAAUGCGUGACCAGCUUCCCUUGUUCUCACAUGUGUAAUAACACAAUCGGAGGUUACACCUGCUCCUGUGCUGAGGGUUACCUUCUGGAAAAAGACCGAAGAUUCUGCAAAGUGGCUGAACCCCCUGAACCAAAACUAUUGGUUGCCAGUCAACAUUACAUCAUUAAAACUGAUUUCUCUGGAAGAAAUAUUGAAAUGGUUGUCAACGAUUUAAACCACGUGAUUGCCCUUGACUAUGAUUGGGUUGACCAAUACAUAUACUGGUCCCAUAUUUCUGCCACCAACAGCAAAAUAUUCAGGACUCAAAUGAAUUCCUCACAUGUUCAGGUUCUUCAUGAAACUAACAUCAAGGACCCUGAUGGUAUUGCAGUGGAUUGGAUAGGGCGUAAUUUGUAUUGGUGCGACCGUACGACACACACCAUAGAAGUGUCUCAGUUGAAUGGUAAUCACCGGAAAGUACUUCUUCAUAAAGGCCUGCACCAUCCUCGUGCCAUUGAAGUCUAUCCUGCCAAGGGUUUGCUGUUCUACACCGACUGGGGCAGUUCCCCUCACAUUGGACGAGUCAAGAUGGAUGGAACAAACCGAAUAAAAAUUAUCGACCAAAAUUUGAUAUGGCCAAAUGCUCUGACCAUCGACUAUGUUACCAAUAAGAUUUUCUGGGCCGAUGGGCGACUCAAAUACAUUGCUUUUGCAAACUUGGAUGGUACCAACAUAAAUAAAAUAAUCAAAGAGUACCUAUCGCAUGUUUUUGCCAUAACUACUAUCGAAGGCUUUAUAUUUUGGUCUGAUUGGGGUACAGAAAAUAUUCAUCGUGCCAUGAAAUUCUCUGGAGAAAACAUCACCAACUUCUCUCAUUUGCCUUCUCGACCCAUGGACAUUCAGGUGUUUCAUCCUUUCCGACAACCUCAGCUGGAAGAACCCAGCAAAAACCCUUGUUAUAACAGCAGCUGUUCUCAGCUUUGCCUGCUUACUCCUGAUCCACCACAUGGCAUUGGACACACGUGUGCUUGUAGUGACGGAUAUUUGCUGGCAGGUGAUAAAAAACAGUGCCUUCGAGAAUGUGUAAGCCAUGAAAUCAGUUGUAAAUCUGAACACCAGUGCAUACCGUUCUGGUGGAAAUGUGAUGGACAUGCAGAUUGUGAAGAUGGAUCUGACGAGUUGGAUAACUGUACUAAUCAUCCUUUCUACUGUAACCAGUCUGGAAUGUUCCAGUGCAAAAAUGCCCAGGGCCCCGAGGACUGCAUCUAUCCUUUGAUGUUUUGUGAUGGUAACAUUGACUGUCCCGAUCAGUCAGAUGAGACUCUGUGUGAUGCCUACCAAUGUCAAGCAAAUCAGUUCAAGUGUUCUACAAGCCUGAAAUGCAUCCCAAAGCACCUUGCCUGUGACAAAAAAUUCCAUUGUUUGUCUGGAGAGGAUGAAAGGAACUGUAACAUCGAAUGUAAACCGAAUGAAUUCAAAUGCUGGAACAACAACUGCAUCCCGAGCGUGAAUAGAUGUGAUGGUGAUAACGAUUGCCGUGACUUCUCCGAUGAAAUCAACUGCCACAAUCAUACGUGUCCGGAGAACUUCUUUCAAUGUAAUAUUUCCAAGAAAUGCAUCCAAAAUAAUUGGGUAUGUGAUCUCCACCCCGACUGUGGCGAGAAUGACAAUACAGACGAGGUGAACUGUGCUGAAACCUCUUGUGAAGCUGGACUUUUCUGGUGCCAUGACAGAAACUGUAUUUCCCAGAAGUGGGUCUGUGAUGGUGAAGAAGAUUGUACUAAUGGAAUAGAUGAAACAGACUGUUUUAACAAUUGCCCAAAUAAUCUCUUCCGCUGCAACAAUGGCAAGUGCAUAAGUCAAAGUUUUGUGUGUGAUGGUAUGCCACACUGCAACGACAGCAGUGAUGAAGCUCAUUGUGCAACCCAUUCCUGUGACACAUUGUUCUCCUGCAAUAACUCGGGCAGCUGCAUUCCUCAUGAGUGGGUCUGCGACGGCAAUAUAAACUGCGAUAAUGGAUUUGAUGAGCAAAAUUGUGAAUGCUCUGAUGACCAUUGGAAAUGUAAUAAUGGGCAAUGUAUUCCUGUUUCUUGGAAAUGUGAUGGUGCCAAAGACUGUGAAGAUGGAUCCGAUGAAACAUUAAUUACAUGUACCAACACCACUUGUCAACCAUCAGAUUUCGCUUGCUCUGAUAACAUUUGUAUCCGGAACAUUGCUGUGUGUGAUGGGGAUAUUGAUUGUCCUGAUGGAUCGGAUGAAGUAGGCUGUAAUAAAGUGACACCACGUUACAACUGUAAGAUUACAGAUUUUAAAUGUAUCAACAGUUCCGGCUGUAUUCCUAUGGCACACAUAUGCAACACAGUCAAAGACUGCCUUGAUGGUUCCGAUGAGCUUGAAAGUAUUUGUUCUACUGCAGAAACUUGUUCCAUAUCCAAUACCUGUGCUCAGAUAUGUGAGAAAUACUCCGUUGGCUUCAAAUGCAGUUGUAACACUGGAACUAAACUUGCCAAUGAUGGUGUCUCUUGCAUAGAUGUAAAUGAAUGUCAACUGCAUGGCUAUUGUCCACAACUCUGCACCAACUUUUACGGUGGUUAUAACUGUUCGUGUGAGAAAAACUUUGUUCCAAUGUAUGAAAACCACCGGUUUGAAUGCAAGGCCAAUGGCGAAGAUGCUUUCUUAUUGAUAGCUGAAGAGAACACCCUUCAUGUCAGUAGCCCAUCGAGGGACAUUGAGAAACUCAGGGUUUGGACACACAAAAAAGGAGAGAAAAUCUCCAGUAUUCAGCUCGACAUCGAUGCAAAUGUCGUCUUCAUGUUGCUGAAUGGCGAGAUUACUAAGAUGGGUCUUCCUGUUGUUAACAUCAAGAAAAGAGAUACUUAUCAGUCAAAUAUACAAGAUGUUAAACCUGUUACCUUGAAAUUCUACAGACCAGUUGAACCAGUUGAUCUUGCCAUAGACUGGGUUGAUAAACACAUCUACUGGACUGACCAUGCUGUUCGAGGGAUCCGCAUGGCUGAUUAUAAUGGUACCUACAUGCAUACCUUUACCAGAAGCAGAUACUUGAGUCCUUAUGCCAUUGCUGUUGAUCCAAUACACAAGAAAAUAUUUUGGACUAACCACGACCAUUUUCCUCAGAUUGAAAGUUGUGACCUGGAUGGACAUAAUCGUAAAGUUUUGGUUUACAAGAAUAUUAAGCGUCCUUCAGGUCUGGCUUUAGACAUUCCUAAUCGCCGACUCUACUGGGCCGACAUAGCAACUAAGACAAUCGGAACCGUGGACAUUGAUGGCAAUGAUCAACAGCAAGUUGCAAAAUUCAUUCAAGUUGCUGGUGGACCUUACAAACUUGAUGUCUUUGAAAAUCACAUUUAUGUUGUGAUGAGUCAGAAUCUAAACGUCAUAAAAAUGGACAAGUUUUCAACGGGCAACCCAAAGACUGUUCUACGUAAAGACAUGAUGUUUAUUGGAGAUAUUAAAGUUGUCCAACAAUUCAAGCAAAGAGUUGUGAAAUCCAAAUGCAAGAAAAACACUUGUAAAAAAUACGAAAUGUGUGUCACAAAUCCUGAUCAGUCGACAGCUUGCAUCUGUGCCGAUUCGCAUCUAUCAAGGAAUGGAAUCUGCUUCCGAAAGCCCAUCUCGAGCUGUAUGUUUGAUGCCGAUUGCUUUAAUAAUGGAACGUGUGAUGAGAAUUUCAAGUGUAUAUGUAAUCCCUCAUACAAUGGGAGCCACUGUCAGAAUUAUCGCUGCCAAAAUGUCUGUUAUAAUGGUAAAUGUAUUGACCCAAUGAGCAGUAAUGAAGAACCGACUUGCAGCUGUCUGCCUGGGUACUCUGGGGCCCGCUGUGAACACUACAUUUGCACAAAUUAUUGCCUCAAUGGUGGUACUUGUAUUCCCGACAAUAAUGAAAGAAGAUGCAACUGUCAUCCUGACUAUAACGGCAGCCGAUGUGAGAACUUACGUAACAACGACUGGUGUACCAAGUAUUGUUUAAAUAAAGGUGCCUGUGAAAAGGAUAGAUUUAAUAAUACUGUUUGUCGAUGUCAAGAAGGAUUUACAGGCCAUCGCUGUGAACAGUGUGAGUCCAUCCACUGCCAACCUCUUGAGACGUGUGAAAAAGACUCGAAUGGUAAAUUCACUUGCGUAGAAGCAAUAGACAAACCUUUACGUGAAGACUGCAAUAAGCGCUGUCCAAAUGCUAUUGCCUGUUCUGUUGUCCAUAAGAAGCUGAUUUGCCACUGUCCAAAUGGGCCCUGUAAACAGUUACCCUGUAACAAAAUUACUUGCCCAAGCAAAGCUUAUUGUGUUGUUGAAAAUGGUGAGCCUCGCUGUAAAUGUAAACAAGGUUUUACUGGCCCGAACUGCGAACAGUCUUUGUGUAAGGCUUGUUUGAAUGGAGGUCGUUGUGAUACAGGUUUUAAUGGUGUCCCUACGUGCAUUUGUGAUGAAUACCACACAGGAGCCAGUUGUGAAAGCUGUGUCUGCAAAAACAGUGGUAAUUGUACAGUAACCGAGAGAGGAACCAUAUUAUGCAAUUGUCCUCAUCUUUAUACGGGCAAGUUUUGUGAAAGGUGGCGUUGCCGAAAUUACUGCCUGAAUGAAGGCAAGUGUGUCAACUGCCACGUAAACAACAGUAUCCCAAUAUGUGAGAGUUGCAGUUGUGGUGAUGACUUCUCAGGUCAUCGCUGUCAAAAACAAAGUAUUAAACAGCCCUAUACUUCUAACUUUAAAACCAUUUCUUUCAUCAUCAUACCGCUAUGUCUAGUGUUAAUUGUUCUGAUUGGUUUGAUAAUAUUCUUCUUCAAUCGACGACGAGCCACGUCACAACAGUUCAAACAUAUACGCAUCCAAGAAAAUGCUAAUGAGAUUAGCAAUCCUCUCUAUAUUCCGGAGACAGACGAACAGGAACUUCACGAACCCACCGACGCUCACCAGUCGACUUAUGAUGGAACCUUCGACACAUUCCCACAUGACAGCACGACAACCCAUAAAGAAAGUGAACGUCACCAAUUGUUACGAGAAGUCCGUUACUAUGGAAAUAGAGACACCCGGCCAAAUGUAUCAUUUGCUUAAAACUACGAUUUUAUUUUUUUGUUUAUAUAUUUGUUUUCAUAUCCUUCAUCAUCUCGCCUCCUCCUCACACCCCCAAAGUAUUACUGUGCAAACUGAUCCUCAAACUUGAGAAACGCCUCCAGUUCAACGUGGCACGGUGUGAAGUUACUCACAAUCAUCGGGAUUGAAUAUUUUAAUUGUAUUAUCAAUUUUUUUUUUUUUUUUUUCUUGUGAUGAAAACAAUUUUUUGUAAUGGAUAUUUUGCUAGAGGGAAAGAAGAGAAAAAUAAAUCAAACGAAAAAUGAUGGACUUUAAGGAAUUUUGUGGAAGCAUUUUGGAAAGUUAGCAAUGACAAAAGGAAGAAAUGAAGGUUUGAAAAAGAAAGAAAGAAAGAAUGAGAGA